AUGGACUGGAAGCACCGGAUCCGCGACGUGUGCGUCAACCCCUGGCACACAAAAUGGAUCGCUCCGCUGUUAGUCCUCGGCGACGCCUUUCUCUGCGCCCUGAUCAUCUGGAAAGUUCCCUACACCGAAAUUGACUGGACGACCUACAUGCAACAGAUCUCGCUCUACCUCAACGGCGAGCGCGACUACACCCUAAUCAAAGGAUCCACCGGGCCGCUGGUAUACCCCGCGGCGCAUGUCUACAGCUACACGUUCCUCUACCACCUGACCGACGAGGGUCGCGAUAUUUUCUUCGGGCAGAUCCUCUUCGCAGUGCUUUAUCUGAUCACGCUGGUGGUCGUCUUGGCUUGUUACAGACAGUCCGGGGCGCCGCCCUAUCUGCUGCCGUUGCUUGUUCUUUCGAAGAGGCUGCAUAGCAUCUUCGUGCUGCGGCUGUUUAAUGAUGGGCUGGCGGCACUGGCGAUGUGGGUGGCUGUUUUGCUGUUCUUGAAUAGGAAGUAUACCGCUGCCGUGGCGGUGUGGUCUACUGGUGUGGCGGUUAAGAUGGCACUGCUGCUUCUGGCGCCGGCGAUUGCGGUGGUCUUGGUGUUGGAGUUGUCGCUUCUGCCGAGUGUGAGGAUUGGUGUGGUGGCGGGGCUUAUUCAGGUGUUACUGGCGAUGCCAUUCCUACUGGAUAACCCGGCGGGAUAUCUCUCGCGGGCGUUUGAGCUGACGAGACAGUUCAUGUUCAAGUGGACAGUCAAUUGGAGGUUUGCGGGCGAAGAACUAUUUCUAUCCAAGAGAUUCUCGCUGGCUCUGCUGGCCUUGCACGUCUGCCUGCUGGGCGCGUUCGUUAUUAUCGGCUGGCUGAGGCCCUCCGGCGUGAGUGUGCCCCGGUUCCUCCAGAAUCUGCUCGCAGGUCGCCAUCAACCGGUCUCCCUCUCCAAACCCUAUGUCAUGACUGCAAUGCUGUCAUCCCUGGCGAUCGGACUGCUGUGCGCAAGGUCGCUCCACUACCAAUUCUUCGCCUAUCUCGCCUGGGCAAGCCCCUUCCUCCUCUGGCGCGCCGGUUUCCAUCCCGUACUGGUGUACAUCAUCUGGGCGCUGCAGGAGUGGGCAUGGAACACGUAUCCCAGCACCAACCUGAGUUCCAUGGUUGUAGUCCUCUCGCUGUCCGUCCAGACUUUCGGCGUUCUAGCGAAUAGCGCCCGCGCCUUUGAUACCACCCGUUCGAAACAGAGCGGUAAACAGCAUAUGCAAUAG